ACAAGGUGUGCCGGGACCGUGAGAUUCGCCGCCGCCGAGCUGUGUUAGGACGACCGAGGGGGCGUGUUAAAGAAGUACUCUCUGCCAAGACUCCAUCACUACUGCUUCAAGUGCCAGCAAUUACAGACGUGUAAGGUCUGGGCCUUUGCAGCGACCCGUUCGGUGUGGAGUAUCAUGGACUAAUCUCACCGAUCUUCCGCGCCGAAAAUAAAGCACAAUCCGCCUUUGAAGACAUACGGACAGAUAACAGACUCAUCAUCAACACUGACAAGUUGAUGAUCAAAUUCAGAAAAAUUCCGCAGACUUCUGGCAAACGACCAACCAAUUGUUAAUCGCCGCAUCCCCAAUUCGGAACAGUGAUAGUUAAUGGGCCUUGCAAUGGCGACCCACCAAAUUUUUGUAGCUACCCUGCUGGUUUUGCUGCUUUGGAAGGAUGACAGGGUGGGUACGGAGGCGAGGGAAGUGACCAUGCAUGGGCGGCAGGAGGAGGAUAGGUGUGUGUGCACGUUCGUGUCGCCGUACCUGCCGGCAGACUACUCCCAGUCCCCGUCCCAGCAGAGCCGAAGGCCCGACUGUACCGACAGUAUCCUGGACUCCGAGUUCAUCAAGCAGGAGCUACACUUCAUGAGACGCCAUCAGAUCGCCAACCGCAAACAGACGCUGAGACAGGGAGACCAGCUUCACAACCUGACCUCCAGAAUCUACCAGUUCAAGGACGCCCUGACCGCCAACGACAGAGUUCAGAGGUCAUGGGACAUGCGCCUCCUGUCAGCCACGUCUGACACCCGGGAACUGCAGCGGGUCCUCACCAGGCAACGGGAUACAAUCGGAUUCCUGCGGCAGCGUGUUGACGUCAUGUUCGAGGAGAUGUUGCAGAUGCGCGAGCUGAACCAGCGGCUGAUGUUCGAACUGCAGGACCAGAGCGACAAGAGCGAGGAGUACCGGACCAAGCUCGACACCCUCACCAAGCGCGUCGAGAACAUCGACGUCAACAUGAACGAGUUCAUGUUCGCCUUUGCCGGGAUGAAGCGGAUGGUCACCCCGGGGGAGACCCUGCCUAACCUGGCGGAGGAACCCAUGGAAGAGCCGGAGGUGAAGAAGGAAGCCCCCGUUCCGGGGUCCGGAGAUAUCGUGUUUGAUGACGUGGACUAUGACAUCGUUCCUAAUCCCAGACGUAGGAGAGAAACUGACCAAUCAUAGGUCCAAUAUGUAAAGAUAUAUAAGGUGUAAAGGUUUUCAUUUAUCUGUAUAACAUUUUGUGGGGAGAUGUGUAUUUCAUGUGGUGUAUCUAGACACUUGUUCUAAUGUACGUUUGUAUCAGUUAGCUUCAGUCAUCAUGAGCGAAGAAAACACAGAAGACUUUAUAAGAUGUAUCCAUGUCACCUACUGUCUGUACGUGUCACUACAUAUCCUACCGUCUUUAGAUAGAUUAUAUAGUACAACAGCUUCUUCAUUAUACAACUCAGGUGGAGGCUAAUUCUGAAAAAUUGGAGGAGGGACAACGUUAUGGUUUGAAAAUCUGACAAUCAAAAGCAAUAUGAGUGUCAGGUGUUAAGUGCGGAGACUAACAACAAGUGUAUGGAUACAGAUAGAUGUCGAAUCCCACCCCCAUCCAUAUUUCUUUGGAACAGCUCAAAUAGACUGAUCUUGACAUCAGGUAACAAACUUUCAAGUGUUCAUCAUAUCAUAUCAUACAUUGUUACAUUAUCAAUAUUCCAUAGCUGUAUUAUACAGAAAUUUAAAAGCGAAGAUUCA